CACAAAUUUGACAGUGACCAAAAAAAAUGUGUUCUUUCCCAUUUCUUACCAUGAGCUUUUUCUAAGAUGUGAUUGAUAUAUUAUUUGCAAAGAUCUAUCAACUAAUCCUAUUUCUAUAUUUAACAACAUUUCAACAAUGGAAGUACAUGAACAGAGAAAGCUUGACGUUGCUAAACCAGCUAGUACAGACAUACUGUCUUUAAAUAAUAAGAUUAUUAUGAUGAGACAAGCUGUAAAGAGGGCUAAAGGUCAGACAGUACAAAAGAUAAUUAGGAGAGUCAAAAGUUUAAGGAAUAAAAAAGGGACAGAAGAAGAAAAAAAUAAGGACAAAAGAAAGAUUGAGAGACAGUUAGAAGUUAUGUAUGCCAUCAAGGACUUGAAACUUGACAAAGUUUCUAAGUUUGCCAUUGGAUAUGAUUCAGUUCUACAAGAAAUAACAGAAAAGCCUGAUGCCUCUUCAGAAAUGAUAGCACUAGCUAGACUAUCAGAACAUGCUGCACUGAAGGAGGAAGUAGACAAGUUUAGAAAGGACCAUGAUGACUGGAAGUCCUUAUCAGAGUUUCUUCUUAACCAUAUUCCUAGGCGUUUUAACAAAAAUAAAUACAAGGAAAUCAAAUCUAAAAUGAUGACAAAUGUAAAUGCCGGAAAUGUUUUAGUAAAGGCGUACUUGGAAAAUAAAAUAGGAAAGGAUUCAGAAUUAACUAUAGAAGAUGAUAGUGGUGUUUCCGGUAAUGCGUCAGACACAGAACUGGUGAAUAAAUCUACGGAAAUGGAAAAAGUAAGUCAAGGACAAACAACUCAAGUUGAGGAUGAGAGUCAGCAAGAACUAUCAGAAGUAAUGGAAGAAAUAUCAUGUCAAUCAACAAAUGAUAGCGAAGAAUCCAAAAAGUUAACAGAAAUAAUAAAAGUUAGCCCACAAAAGACAAGUAAAGUUAAUUUAGAAAAAAGUCCAACAAAAUUUAAAAAAAGUAUGGAAGAAAAAACACAUAAAUUAACAAAUGUUAAAGAAAAAAGUGAUACAAGUGAGGUAAUUAAAAAACAAGCAAACAAGGAAGAGGACAGUAAUUCAAAUGGAGAUAAUGAUUCUUUGAAAGAAAGUGAAAAUAAUGAAAUUUCUGAUGACCAAAGCAAUGCUGAAAGUGAAAGUAAUGAAGAAGAUUCAGACAUUGAUGAAAGUGAAAGUAGAGUAGUAGGUUCAGACAGUGAUGAAAGUGAAAGUAGAGUAGUAGGUUCAGACAGUGAUGAAAGUGAAAGUAGAGUAGUAGGUUCAGACAGUGAUGAAAGUGAAAUAAGUGAGGAAGAUUCGAACAAUGAUGAACAGGUUGAAAGUGAGAAUGAAGACCACACUAAAAUUAAAGGUGAAAUGGUAGUCAAGAAAUUGAACAUGAAUGACCUUGUUAAUAGCAAAGAUGAAGAUAUCCCAGACUUUCUUGUAGCUAAUUCCCAGGAGGAAAACAUUUCAAAAGUGAGAAAGUCUAAAGAUUCAUUCUUUGAAAGAGGUGAUAGUGAUGAUGAAGAUUCAGAUGAUAAUCUUCCUUCUACUCAUGGUGACAGUGAAUCAGAUGACAUGGGUGAAGACGAAAAGAGAGAAGCUAGUAGACAGGCUAUUAGUAGUUCUUUUCUAGGUGCUUUAAAUGAAGUGAAAUCAAAACAUAGACCUCAUGAUGAAAGUGAGGGACAAGGAUACGGAGGUAGAUGGGGACAUUUUGACAGACGAAAUGACAGCAGAGGAAGGGGAGGCUUUGACAGACGAACUGACAGCAGAGGAAGAGGGGGUUUUGACAGACGCAAUGACAGUAGAGGAAGAGGGGGUUUUGACAGACGAAAUGACAGCAGAGGGAGGGGACAUUUUGAUAGAAGAGAUGACAGCAGAGGGAGGGGGCAAAACAGAGGAUAUGGUAGGGACAGAGGAUUUAAUAAUUAUAGAGGGAGAGGAGGACAAGGGAAUUUUGAAAGACGAGGAAGAGGCAAUUUCCAAGGUCAUCAGAAUGGACCUAGAGAUUUCCAGAGGUCAGACAAUAGAGGAAGUUCAUACAGACAAAACCAGUCCUACGCUGACAAUAAAGGUUCAUCAACAAAAACAGAGGAGAAACUCCAUCCGUCUUGGGAGGCUAGUAAGAAAAGGAAGGAACAUUCAACCAUCCAAGCUUUCCAAGGAAAGAAGAUAAAAUUUGACGAUUAAACUCACAAAAAUUUUUAAA